AUGAGUUACUUAAGUGACCUAUCUCAAUCUAAUGAAUAUUUAAGCUUUCGUAGUAGUAUACCACUACGAAAAAUAGAUGUUGACUCAGAUAUAAAUGAUACAAAGACAUGGAAAAUAUUCGACAGUGGCCCCAAAUCUGUUAGUUGUCCACUUAUAUGUUUGCCACCAGUAUCGGGUACGGCCGAUAUUUUUUACAAACAGAUCAUGGGUCUCACUACACGAGGAAUUCGCGUUAUCGGAGUAGAACCUCCACCUUAUUGGAAUUUAAAAGAGUGGUGUGAUGGAUUCAAACGACUUAUUGAUUACCUUGAACUAGAUAAAAUACAUAUAUUUGGUGCUUCAUUAGGUGGAUUUUUAGCACAAAAAUUUACAGAAAUAACGAAAAACUGUCCCCGUGUUGCAUCCCUUGUUUUAUGCAAUACUUUCACUGACACAACUGUGUUUGAAUAUCAUGACUCUGUAGCUCUAUUCUGGCUUCUACCAUCUUUAGUGCUUAAGCGCAUGUUAAUGGGAAACUUCACAUGUGAAAAAGUGGACAAGAGAAUUGCAGAAUCAAUAGAUUUCAUGGUUGAAAGGCUUGAAACAUUAACACAGUCUGAGUUAGCAUCAAGACUAACUCUAAACUGUACACCGAGUUAUGUUCAACCUCAAAUACUUGGUGACAUUCCCAUAACUAUAAUGGAUGUUUGGGAUGAUGGUGCACUUAGUUCAAGAGUUCGUGAAGAUCUCUACAAGUCAUACCCGCAUGCUAAAUUGGCUCAUUUAAAAAGCGGUGGCAAUUUUCCCUAUUUGAGUAGAAGUGACGAAGUUAAUUUGCAUUUAUUGAUACACUUGCGUCAAUUUGACGGCACUGAUCUCUCCCCUUCAUAUUUAAAUCUCCACAAGAUUUCACCACAAAAUCAAUCCGAAGAAGGGUCAGUAAGUUAUUUCAACCAAAAGGAUAAAUUUGUUAAAAUAUUGUGA